AUGCCUGCGCCACGCUCCACCCCUGAUGUCGCCACACGCCAUGCCGCGCCAACGUUGUCCUCCGUCUCCUCCGCGGCUUCGCUGCCCCUGUCGUUUAUCUCGAGCGAUGUCUUGCACAGCCUCAACACCAGCGUGCAGGAGAGUCUCGCCGGGUACCUCUACGCGGACGCUAUCGAGCUUGCGCAGCGUCUCUUCGACUUGGAGGCAUCCUACGCCCAUCUGCACCUGCUCGCCCACUGCCACACCGUGAGCGGUGCGACCGGCACGGCAUACCGGCUGCUGCAACACUAUUACCCUUUCCUGGAGCCGCACGUGACACGCCCACGGACGGCUGGCGCUUCUAUAAGCGCUGCGGGUGGGGAGGCAGCGGCGGCUGGUGGGGCCCUUCCUUUCGAUGCUCGCCGCACCUGGGCAACCUCGUAUGGCACGCACCAGCUGCAACACCCGCCGCCGCUGAGCAUGUCCUCAACGGCAGCAUCUGCAGUGUUCUUAGCUUCGGGCAACGGGCACGGCCUCAUCUCAGACGCGCUCGAGCUGGGCUACGAGACGGUUGACCUGCAGUCGCAGUGGAACUGCCAGUACCUCUUCGGUGUGUGCUGCUACCGCACGCAGCGCUACGAGGACGGCGCCAAGGUACUGUCGCAGCUGCUGUACGUGAGUAACCAACUAACCACAACCUCCAAUGAGCUUCGGCGGAGGCUGCAGCAGCACAGGUCCAUGCGCAGUGGCACGAGCGAGGAAGACGACGACACCGGGGUGGCAGCGGCAGUACGUGCUACGGAGAGGCAGCUGCAGGCCCACGCCUUCUUGACCGACGCACGCACCUCACAGGUGCUCUACUGGCUGGGUCUAUGCGAAAAACAUCGCCAGAGGCACCCGAUCGCCGCCGAGCACCUGCGCCGUGCCUACGUGGCCCACCCGACUCGCCUCGAUGCGUUCCAGGAGUACGUGCACUUGGCCUGGCCGUCAGAGCACGUGGCGCAGUCGCUGCUCACUAUUAAGGAGCCCCUGAUCGAGGAAGAAGAGGGAACCCAGGUCGAUGUCGCGGAGUCGCCACAGCCGCCCCAGCGGCCUCCGCAGCGUCGCGGCCGAGACGUCGCCGAUACUGCCAUCGACUUGUACGUCGACCCAGACGACGAGGAGCAACGUGCACCACGCAGCGCAGUGGCUAUGGUUGCAGCUGCCUCGGCCUCGGCGCAUUCCACGCAGCCGGAGCGAACAGGUCCGUCGCCGGUGGCGCUUCCAGCCCCUCGCCUGACGGCACCACAGCGACGGUGUGUGCAGCAGCACCUGCGGCCGUUCCUGUACGCCGCCUUCCUCGGUAUUACCUACCGGUGCCCCGAGGCAGUGGAGGCCCUUCAUGUGCUGCUUGCCCAAGAGCAGCAGCAACAGCGAGCGGCCGUGACAGCGCCAGCGUCGGCGUCGUCCAUGGUGGCCAGCCUACACGGUCCAGCGCGUGCUGGUGUGAUGCACCCGUCCUCCUCCUCCUCUUCUAGCGUUCUGUGGCAGCGCCAAGACGGCGGGAGCGCCACUACAGCUGCAGUUGUAUCUGCCACCUCGCCUUGGCUGCUCCGCCAGCUCGCCCUCGCUCACUUCCACAACGGCGAUGUUCAGGAGAGCGCGGAUGCCUUCGAGAGGCUGCUGCGUGCCGCGCCGUGGGAGCUGACAAGCCCUGCACUUAUUUUCUACAGCACAGCGUUGUGGCACCUGAAAAGCGAGAGCGCGCUCGGCAGCCUCGCGCAACGGCUCACCGACGCCGAGCCCCUCAGUGCCACCACCCUGUGCGUCGUCGCCAACGCUUACAGCCUCAUCAAGGACCCUCGCGACGCGCUUGUAAUGUUGAAGCGGGCUGUGCAGGUGGCGCCAACGCUGGCGUACGCGCAUGCUCUGCAUGGGUACGAGUUGCUCGGUCAAGACAACAAGGCAGAGGCUGAGGCAGCGUUUAAGGCGGCACUCUCCGUCGAUCCGUCGCUCUACAUCGCCUACGCCGGUCUCGGUGAGCGCUUCAUGAGGGAGGAACAGGUCGACAAGGCGCGGGGGUAUUACAAGGAGGCAGUGAAGCUGAACCCCACCCCGGCUAUCAUGAAUCGCUUCGCUCUGACGUACCACCGUCAGGGCAAGUCGCUUGCCGACCUCAAGAUAGCUCUGCGACUUUACACGGAGUCACUGGAACGGCACCCAAGCAACGUCACGGCGCGGCGGCAGCGCGCCGACGUCCUGCUGCGGCUCGACCAGCCGAAGCAAGCACUGGAGGAGCUCAAGGCGCUGCUGAUCCAGUGCCCUGGUGAGGCUGUCGUGUACGUGACCUUGGCGGAGUGCAUGGUGUGCCUGCGGCGUCCACACGAGGCCCUGAAACACUACCAGACUGCUAUGCACCUUGAUCCUCGACGGGAAAGCUACAUACAGGGCUGCAUCGACCAACUCGUCGCAGCAAACCUGUUGUAG